UUUUAAGCCCUUACUACCGGCCAUCUACGGAUGGUAGAAAAAGAAUCGGAACGCGUAAAGAAAUUCAGCUCCAGAACAAGAACUCCGGGAACCGAAAACAGUAUCAAAUGUAGGAAUUCUCAGGGAAACAGAAUUCCCUCCCCUGUAUUUCAGGAGACCAGAUCUCACUUACCCCUCAAUACUCAGAGAAGGGGAGAGGGAGCAGAGGGAAGAAGAUGAGUACGCACGAGGUGAAGGUGCCCAGAUCGGCAACAAGCAUCCAUGUGACGGCGCUCGAUGGGAUCAUAAACGUCAACUCCCUUUUCACUCUGGCCGUCUUCGUUGGCCUCGCCUGGAAUCCCACCGAUCGCUCCUUCUCCCUCGUCGACGAUCCCGAUUGCCUCGCCAGCCGCAGCGUCGCCGAGGGACUCGUUUCCUUCCACGUUUUCUCCUUCGCCUCAUUCCUCUUCUCCAGCGUGGUGGCGCAGGGACUCAAGCAGGCCAUCCGCCUCUCCGAGAACCACCAUGCCAGCGCCGCCCCCCACCACCGACACCACGAGGCAGGCGGGAUGCUCACCCACGUCAACAAGACGGUACUUCGGGCAGGAAUGCUCAUCUGCGCGGUCGGUUCCGUGAGUGGAUGCAUGUUCCUCAUGCUCGCCCUCAUCGACUUCGUUCAGGUCAAGCUCGGAUCCCUUUCGUGCCGCGGGUUCUGGACCAUGAGCGCCGUGGCGCCGCUCGUCAUUCUCAUCCCCGCUGCAAUCAUCAUCUACAUCUGCGUCGUCAUCCACGCCUUCAUGCGGUGACCCCUUUCCGAUUCCCAUUCUUCCUCCUCCUUCCACAGCAUUAUCGCGUUUCCUUUUCCUUCUAAAGUUCAAGGAUGUGGCUCAGGGUUCUGCAGUCGAGAAUGGGAGGAGAAAACCAGACAUUUCUUCUUCCUCUGUUAUUAGUUACUAAUUGAUGUCGCAUAGUUUACUGAAAUCAAAGAUCCCAUUUGGUGUCAUAACGUUUCUCCCUCUCCCUCUCUCCCCCAUUCAUUCUUUUUGAUGUUGCGGUACUCCUCCGCAGGGAGAGUAGGGUUUCUUCUUAAUUUCGUUUUCUGUUUGGUUUGCUGCUUACUGCGGGUUUGUGCCGCUUGUUUUUUUUGUUGCCCCCAACGACUUGUUGGUGGCCUUAGCAAUGUUGAGUAACUGUGUCUCUCUGCUUUCCCAUGGCUGGAAGAAAAUUGGACAGGUGCUAAACAACGAUAAUCGUUUCCUUUU